UCUUGCCUCUUUUUGCGCCUUCUUUCUUUCUAUUUCCUGUGUCUUCUUUAUUUCUAUUCCCCGUUCUUCUUCUCUGAUCGGUCGGCGGCGAUGGCGGGAGCGAGGGAGAAGAACGUGUACAUGGCGAAGCUCGCCGAGAAGGCGAAGCGGUACGAGGAGAUGGUGGAGUUCAUGGAGAAGGUGGCGGCGGCGGCGGAGGGGAAGGAGCUUACCGUGGAGGAGCGCAACCUCCUCUCGGUGGCCUACAGGAAGAUCAUCAACGACCACCGGGACUCGUGGCGGAUUGUUUCGUCGACCGAGCAGGAGGAGAGCCACGGCAACGAGGACUACGCCGCGGACAUCCGCGACUUCCGUGCCACGGUCGAGGCCGACCUCACUAGCAGAUGCGCUGGGAUUCUCAGGCUGCUGGACGCAAGCCUCAUUCCCUCCGCUUCCGCCGCGAACUCCAAGGUAUUCUACCACAAGAUGAAGGACGACUUCCACCGCUAUCUCGCCGAGAUCAAGACCGGCUCCGAAAGGGAGGACGCUGCGGAGAGUUCUCUCGCCGCCUACAACUCUGCACAGGAUAUUGCGAUGGUGGAGCUGGCAUGGACGCACCCGAUCCGGUUGGAUUUGUGCCUUAGCUUCUCGGCGUUAUACCACGACAUCUUGAACUCCCCGGACCGGGCACGCACUCUCGCGAAACAGGCAUUGGAUGGAGCAAAUGCAGAGUGCAAGGAAUCGGACGAGCGCAUGCAGCUCAUCCGAGAUAAUCUUACGUCGUGGGCUUCAGACACGGAGGUCUUUGAAAGUUCAAAAUAAUCUGACGUGUCAGAUGUCUCAGAUGAUGAUAUCUAAAGAAGCACCCAAGCAUGAGGAUGAACAGCAGUAGCUGCUAUUACAUUGGUUCCUCGUAGCCAAUCAACGAUCCCGCUGAUUUGCCCCACUAGAGAUGCAAAUAAUUUCCUGUUCUCGGCUGGCCGCAUUAUGUCUUGGCAUUCCAUUUUCUCACCUAUCUACUGCCCCGUGAAAGUUUCAAGAAGCAUUCUGUUUGUGUUUUGGGUUUUUGUUUCUUUGUUCUUCCUUUUAUAUUUGAAUCUUUUUAUUUUACCUGCUCCUUUUAUCGAUAUUAGGUUUGCUGCUGCUGUGCUUCAACUUGAAAAUGCCAGACUCUUAUUUAAAGUAGUUAAUAUGCAGUUAUGUGCUUGCUUUUGCCAUU